GAUGACGUAUACGAUGACGAGUACGACCAUCCAGAUCCAACAGCACAAACAUCUACAAAAACUUAAAUAUUGGAAAUUUAUAAAUAAUGAGGUUCGUUUGUUUGGUCUUCGUGUUGAUGAUCGUACAAGUUGUUGAAGGCACCUCAUGCUCAUCAUGCGACGUUCUUGCUACCUGCUUCUCCCUUCUCAUCGACCAUUACUGUAAAUGUAACCAGGGUUACAUAGGCAGUGGUAUCACGUGCUCAGAUUUCGAUGAAUGCUCGGCCCGUCCCUCCAGAUGUCACGUGAACGCCAAUUGCUCGAAUUCGAUUGGUUCGUACUCGUGCGCAUGCGCGGUUGGUUACCAGGGUGACGGGGUCAACUAUUGUGACGCGCUUCCGGAUUCGAUAACAAUACCAGUGACGUCAACUACUUCGGAGUUAAUGACAUCAUCAAGUCUUGCACCAACGACGUCAUCAAACUUGAAUCCAACGACGUCAUCAACCUCGAAACCAACGACGUCAUCAACCUUGAAACCAACGACGUCAUCAACCUUGAAACCAACGACGUCAUCAAUAAAAGACAAUGAAAGAUUCACAACAACUGGAGUCUCGAACGAAUGCACCACGCUUCCCGCCAAAUGUCACGUCAACGCCGAAUGCUCGAAUUCUAUUGGUUCGUACAAAUGCACGUGUAAGCCUGGUUACUAUGGAGACGGUGUGACGUCAUGCAGAGGUUAUUGUGACGAAGCAAACGUCACAAUCGAUGAUAAGAUCCUUCACUUCCCACAAACAUGGGUUGAUGUUGAAACAAUGAGUUCCAAUAAAUGUUCAAACGGUCGUCCACUUGCUUCGAUCUAUUGUCGCAAGAUUACGUCACUUUCGCCCAACUUCGACGCUUCGACCGCUGUGUUUGUUUCUUGUGACGUCACAAUACACAACUUAACAACAAAGGUAAGCACUGUGACGUCAUAUUGGUUCACAAUUUUCAUUGUUUUUUUAAUUGUUCAGAUCGAUUGGAAGAAUCUGGAAUCUGAAUCAGAUAAACUUCGAUUGAUGACGUCACACCUAACCAUGUUAACGUCAUCAGUUGUUGAAAACGUCAUCGGUUUCCUUGAUGACGUGUCAUAUGCCGCUAAAGCCAACAAUACAAUAGUGUCGCCAAACACCCUCAUAAACAUCGUAGAAACCUCUGACGUCAUAUCCGGGUCACUAAAUCACUCAACCGUGACGAACGUCGUCCAAUCACUGCACACCAUCGCUACCUACGUCACACUGGAUGAGGGGGAAUCCCAGGUUCAGGUUGCCACUAGCAACGUAGCUGUCAAGGUCAGCCAAUCAGAUUUCAACAUCAGUGACGUGUCCUACCACCCGGUGUUUCCCCAAACAACCGGGAUUUCCCUGUCGCCCGUUGACGUCAUGCUUCCGGCGGAAGUAUACGAGCAAGCGAUGAAUGACGUCACACAUAGUGACGUCACACCGGUUCGUACAAUCUUCAUUGUUCACCACGAUCCCGAUGCUACGAAUACUUCCGGUUGGAUCGUCACCGCAAGUGUUAGUGACGUCACAAUCAGCAAUUUGUCUCGUCCUGUGACGUAUACAAUCAACGCGAUUAAUUCGACCAAUCAGAAACGAGCGAUUCCUGAAAGCUUGAUGGUAUUAGAGACACAUUUGAAGUGUGUAUAUUUGGACGACAACGGUGAUUGGUCGGAUGUCGGUUUGUGCAGAAUAAGAGGAACAACAACCUGUCAAUCAAACCAUCUUACAAGCUUCUCCAUUAUUAUUAGCCACACUAAAGUCCAUGGUGACGUCACACUUUCGAUUAUCAGCACAAUAGGUUGCGUCACUUCCAUCGUUUGUCUCGUCAUAACAAUCAUUCUGCAUCUUCAUAACAAAAAGCUUCGAUCGCUUCGACCGACGAAGAUUUUCCUCAAUGUUACGUCAAACCUGGCAUUGUUCUACGUCAUAUUCACAAUGGGAGUUUCUAGAACAGACAAUGAUGACGUAUGUACCGCGGUCGCUAUGACGAUGCAUUACGUUAUACUGGUCACGUGGAUGUGGAUGGUCGUUUAUAGUUUCAACAUCUAUACUGCUGUUGCUAUGAUGUUCUCGAAAGAGAUGACAAUACUACAAGCGGCGAUUUUCGCGUAUCUACUUCCGGUCGCCAUUGUUGGGGCAACUUCCGGCGCGUCAAUCGCGUUCCCGACGUCACUUCCUGUUGAUGAAGAUCGUUUCUGCGACUCCUCCCCGCCCACUAUAUACGAAAACUUCACCCGAACUUACAGAUCUCAAGAUAAAUGUUGGAUCCACGAGGGGGCGCUAUUGUACGGCUUCCUACUUCCGGUUGGCGUUUGUUACGUCACAUGCGUCAUAUUGUUUAUUAUGACGAUGCAGAAAAUACUCAAAAAGCAAGUCAAGAAGAAGAAGCGAAGCUACCACCGGGAGCGCUAUAUAGCUGUCACCAUGGCAACCAUGUUUGGGGUCACGUGGGUGUUUGGUUACGUCAUACUCGUCGUGAAUGACCCAUUGUCUAAGUCUGUGACGUCAUGGUUGUUCGCCGUCACCAGCAGUAUACAGGGCGUAAUGAUCUUCAUAUUAAUGGGUUGGAGAAAACCUGAAUUUCGACAACUAUUCCCCUCCUUAUCCUUGAAGGGUGUUGGCGCCACCAUGCGGGGAUUGGUGGGUAAAAAAGGAGGAUAUGACGUCAAUAAUAGUUUCAUCACAAGCGCCGCUGAUAUCGCGGUUACAGCGACCGAUGGUGACGUCACAAACACCACUGUUGUAUCAGAGACUGGUGUCGUCAUAAAGGGAAGAAGCGCUAUGUUCGGGACGAUUCGCGUCAAACGAUCACGUGAUUAGAUUAUUACGUCAUAACUAACCUUGCAUGCGAACAAUCAAUAACAAACCUCUAUAAUGACGUCAUAAUCGUUUAUUUGUUAUAUUAUAUCUAUGUCAACAGCUUGAAAUAAAUAACUCACAGUGUAA